UUCGAUCACGUGACGAGAGCUCACGAAGAUGGUGGAAGUUUCUUCUUCCUCUGAGUGAGACACCCCGACAGAAACCCAAACAUCCAGUCGGACCAGAGCUGGGGGAACGUUCCAGCGCCGCCAAAAACAUCCUUCAAGCCUCCAUUUGGUUCUCGAGUGGGUUAGUGUGAGCAGACAGAAGUGUGGAUGAAUGGAGUCUUUUCUAUAGCUGUGUGCUCUGUCUGAAUGUAGCUGUGAGCGCACAAGUCCUGCAGAGACAGCAGCAAGCGGUGAAACUUCCAUUCCAUUCACCUGAAGGCUUGACUGGCCCUCUUCCCAGCCCUAUGUCAUGGCUAGUGGAGUCGCCAAGUCAAGCACCUCCAAUGGGUACCCACCGAAGGCACAGCUACAGAUCACUGUGCUAUCAGCAAAACUGAAAGAAAACAAGAAGAACUGGUUUGCUCCCAGUCCUUAUGUAGAAGUGACAGUCGACGGGCAAUCCAAGAAAACAGAGAAAUGCAACAACACUCACAGUCCCAAAUGGAAACAGCCGCUCACUGUGAUCGUGACUCCAUUCAGCAAACUGGUGUUUCGUGUGUGGAGCCACCAGACCUUGAAGGCAGACGUGUUUUUAGGUAUGGCCAUGCUGGACAUCAGCGAGACUCUCAAGUCCAACGACAUGAAAAUUUCCGAUCUGGUGCAGUCACUCCAGCUGCACGCUGACAGAGAGCACUCAGACAUGGUGGGGGACCUGUCCGUCUGUCUGGACGGAAUGACGGUGGACCCAGAAAUGUUCGCCUCAGCAGAAGCCGACCACUACAGUACAUCUAAUGGAGAAUCAUCACAGCACAAUGGGGAUCCUGCUGUAAGGUCAAGUCGAGACAGCUCUCCAGCUGUGGACACUGAUCACAGAUCCUCUCCCAGCACCCAGAGGACAGUGAGCAGCAAAGGGUCUCCAUCAGUGGGAGGACGGCCCGCCCGACCACCCAGACCCUCCAGGCCUCCUCCCCCAACGCCCCGCAGACCAACUGCUUCACCAGCCUCUUCUACCAAUGGGAUGGCUCCCACAGAGACUAGCCAGGGCCAGGCAGCCUCUGAUACACCGGUGCGGACCCCGGGGCCCUCAUCUGCUCCGGACUCAAGCCCAUCGACGUCCUCAAAUAGGAGCUCCAUGCCCGCCUCCACAACCGGAGGCGCAGCGACCAGACAGCCGACCACGCCUUCCCUCCCACCCAGAGCACCAUACGCCAACGUUGGACCAUUGCCUCCUGGAUGGGAGCAGAGGGUGGAUCAGAAUGGCAGGUUGUAUUACGUGGAUCACAUUGAAAAGAGAACAACAUGGGAACGUCCUGAGCCGCUGCCCCCUGGGUGGGAGCGUCGUUUUGACCAGAUGGGCCGUGUGUACUUUGUUGAUCACAUCACGCGAACCACCACAUGGCAGCGGCCCACAGUGGAAACGGUGCGUAACUACGAACAGUGGCAACACCAGCAGAGCCAGCUGCAGGGCGCCAUGCAGCAGUUCAACCAGAGGUUUAUCUAUGGGGUUCAAGACCAGGCAGCAGCUACUCAGAAUAAAGAGUUUGAUCCUCUCGGCCCUCUGCCUGCUGGGUGGGAAAAGAGGACGGAUGGCAACGGAAGAGUUUACUUUGUCCAUCACCAGACCCGCUCAACUCAGUGGGAGGACCCUCGAACUCAGGGAUUACUGAACGAGAAGCCGCUUCCUGAAGGCUGGGAGAUGAGAUUCACCGUGGAUGGCAUUCCUUAUUUUGUAGACCACAACAGGAGAACGACUACCUACAUUGACCCUCGCACGGGGAAAUCCUCUCUUGAAAAUGGACCACGGAUCACUUAUGUUCGAGACUUCAAAGCCAAAGUUCAGUAUUUCAAAUUCUGGUGCCAGCAACUGUCUUUGCCUCAGCAUGUUAAAAUCACAGUAACGAGGAAAAACCUCUUUGAGGAUUCUUUCCAGCAGAUAAUGAGCAUUAACCCUCAGGAUUUGAGAAGGAGGCUUUGGAUCAUCUUCCCAGGAGAGGAAGGACUUGACUACGGAGGUGUUGCCAGGGAGUGGUUCUUCUUGUUGUCUCAUGAGGUUUUGAACCCCAUGUAUUGCCUGUUUGAAUACGCUGGUAAAGAUAACUACGGUCUCCAAAUCAACCCUGCUUCAGACAUCAACCCCGACCACCUCAAGUAUUUCAAGUUUAUUGGACGAUUCAUUGCAAUGGCUCUUUUCCACGGCAAGUUCAUCGACACUGGUUUCUCUCUGCCAUUUUACAAACGAAUGCUCAACAAACCUUUGACACUCAUUGAUCUGGAGUCAAUAGAUCCUGAGUUUUAUAACUCCCUCAUGUGGAUUAAGGACAAUGACAUCGAGGAGUGUGGGUUGGAAAUGUUCUUCUCAGUUGAUAAGGAAAUGCUUGGAGAAAUAUCCACCCAUGAGCUUAAAGAAGGCGGGGGAGACAUCCAAGUUACCGAGGAAAACAAGGAGGAGUACAUCAAGUUGGUAGCAGAGUGGCGGCUGUCCAGAGGAGUGGAAGAACAGACGCAGGCGUUCUUUGAGGGCUUCAAUGAGGUCCUCCCUCAGCAGUACCUGCAGUAUUUUGAUGCUAAAGAGCUCGAGGUCAUGCUGUGUGGCAUGCAGGAACUGGAUCUGGGAGAUUGGCAGAACAACACCAUCUACAGACACUACACUCGGACCAGCAAACAGAUCGUCUGGUUCUGGCAGUUGAUGAAGGAGAUGGACAACGAGAAGCGGAUGAGGCUGCUGCAGUUUGUAACCGGCACUUGUCGUCUGCCUGUGGGAGGCUUCGCCAACCUUAUGGGGAGCAACGGGCCACAGAAGUUCUGCAUUGAGAAGGUGGGAAAGGAAAACUGGCUGCCCAGAAGUCACACAUGCUUCAACAGAUUGGACUUGCCGCCCUAUAAGAGCUACGAACAACUCAAGGAGAAGCUGAUGUUCGCUAUUGAGGAGACGGAAGGAUUCGGACAGGAGUGAAAGGGAGACAAAGUGGGAAAACCCCGACAAUGUUUAAAUCAGGGAGCGCCAGCCUGCAGAAGCAGCAGGUGUUUGGGAGAGGCGACGCUCGUCUGCAUGCACCGGCUGGUGAGAUGGCUGCCAGCAUGUACAGUAGUCGGGAUCGGGGAAAUCCUCACAGCAAACCUCUCAUGGCUUCAUGAGCGGGAGCAGAAUUUCAUAUUCCUUCAAAACCAAAAUCCGAAGGCUGCCUUCCAAACGCGGUCGUCAUGUCAACGAGAGAAACUCAUGAGCGGGGGCACGAUCUGAAACGUAGAGGGCGUGGCUUUAAGUUUUCAACUUGGCUAAGUUCCCCCAAAACGAGUCGCUUUCUAAUCUGAGUCUGUACUAAUGAUUUAAAUGAUUCUUCCUCUCUUAAGUUAACAUUAAUGACUUUCAAAAGCUUCAAUAACAGACAAUCUUGGUGCUUCAGAGAUUUGGGAUUCCUUGCUUUUGUUUUGCGCUCUGGAUUAUGUCGUGUUUUGAGUCUGUGAAUCGAUGAAUGAUUGUGAACAGUGUUGUAACCUCCAUUAUUUUUUUUAAUGGUGGUGGCAAAUGUUAUAAAAACCAUUUAACUGGCCCUAGUUUUAUAGGGCUGGAGUCUGCACACUGUGAUCUGUAAUAACAGGACAAUAUGGAUUAGAGUAUUCUGGAAGAAUCUUAAUGUUCUUAACAGCUUUAAUGACCUUUUUUUGGUCUUUUAAUGUACAGAAAUAGUCUUAAUUAAACCAAUUACUUAAAAAUCCCCAGAAGACCAGAAGAAGGAUAAUACUGCAUCAAACCAAAUAAAAUGUAAUCCUAUGAGGCACUUGCAUUGCAACCCGGUUGUCUCUUUUAAACAUGUAGCAUUUGAAACAUGAACAAGUGUUUUCUUGCCUUAUUUUGACAUCUUUCACAACAGACCUCAAAAAGGAAGGGAUGCAAAUGUCGUUUUCAAAAGUCAGCAAUAACUGAGGAAAUUUAAAUCCCGCCUCUCUCCUUACACCUCUCAUUUAUAGCUCAUUAUGUCUGAACUUGUGAAAAAUAAUAUAUUUUAUUGUAACUGCAUUAAUGAGCACCCCUGGUGAAGAUGUGUGAAGCAGCUUUUAAAAUGAAUCAGAAAGCUUAGAGAAAUCUGUUGAGAGAUGUCAUUUAAAAGCAAAGUGUAAAUUUAAAAAUGCUUGUUAUGGCAUUUUAAAACAAAUGUUUAAGGAAACCAAUUGUGGUAAUUUUAUAAACGGAAAGUGAAAAGUAAUUGAACAUGAGAUAUAAACUGAAUCUAAACUGAAAGAUUAAAAGUCAAUUUUUCAGAUUCUUUAUGAAGAAUAUUUUACUGCAAAGAAAGCAGAAUUUAUUUUGAGGCUUUUUAAAUAUUUUUGUCCUGGGUGCCAAUAAAUCUGGAGUGCUGAAACUCCAGCACUCCAGAAAGUCAUGGCUUUUUUUUAAUCACCAAAAAACUUUUUCCUCACCAAGUGUUGAAGCUGAGGAAGAUUAUGUAAUAAAAUGAAACCUCGUGUUGUGAAGACUGUCUGUUUAAACUGUGUAGUCACACACUGAACCAGGAGAGGAAACUAACUGAUGAACUUUGGAUUCAAGAUGAAUUAUCAGUUUUUAGCCUUUCCCCCCCUCAGUCUCCCAGCCAACAGAAACAGUUGGUCAUGUGGUAAAAUAAUUCUCUCUGAUCAGACUGAUUCAUUCCCCCAUUGGAAUAAAUAAAUUGAUCAGAAAUGUCCAGGAGAAACUGAGGUAGGAAGAUUUAUUGGUAAUUUUAGUUAAGAGAACAACUGUAUGAAAGUAAUGGAUGUAUGAGGAUCAAAGGUCAAGUUGUGCUCAUUUUUGAAUUUUUCACAAUGGAAACUCUUGAACAUCGUAAACGAACAUAUAUGGAAAUAAAAAUAAAGAUGCUAAUAUUUGUUUAAAUAUUUUCCAGAAUCCUGGUUAAUCCAGCUAAACCACUGUCACUCCUGUACAGGACAAGAAGCUGUAAAUGGUGUUCAUAGCAAAGUUUCUAAACAUUUUAAAUACGAAGUUUAAGGCAAUGCUCUAUUUUCUUUUCUCUCUAACUGCUUAUGUACAUGAAAGAUGUGUAACAUAGGAAUUGUCACGUUAAUAAAUGAACUCAAAACA